UGCAUCAUAUUAAAACAUGAUCUUCAGUUUUCCUCUGGACCUGAAUUUUCUUCUUCUUCCCAUUCCCUUCUUCUUCUUCUCUCCGAAAACCCUAAUUACACCUCCCUCCUUCUCGUCUACAGUACCAGAGAUCAGCGGAAGUAAUAGUAUAUGUCAACUCAGUUUCUUGUCCGUGUGGAGAAACAUUAGCAAUUUAUGUUUAAAGCAAUAAUUUGGAAGAGGAAGAAUGGAGGCUAACAUCUGUGACGUCAAUCACCUUGAUGCUGAUGUCCUUCUACCUCCAAGAAAGCGUCUUCUUGCUGGCUUGAGAAAGCAAGGUGCCGAUGGUGAUGGUACUUUUAAUCUGCCUCCAGUUGCCUCCCCCUCCUGUUCUCCUCCUCCUUCUCCUUCCUAUGCCACCACUUCUAUAGAAUUCAAUAUACGGCUUAGCAAUCUGUUGAGUGCUCAUUCAAAUACUAACCUAUCACCUGAGGAGAUAGUGGAGGCCUCAAGAUCAGCUGCAGCUGCAGCUGUGAAGGCUGCGCAGUCCGCCAGGGCAGCAGCUGAAGAGAAGGCUGCGAUUGCAGCAAAGGCUGUUGCAGCUGCAAAGAGCGCCAUGGACUUGGUCGCCUCGAUUUCUGAAGAAGCAGCUUGCAAAGAAAUUAACCUGAGGAAGAAUAAGCUGAAGAAACAUGUCCCAGUUCAGCUUCUGUACACAAAAUAUCAACCCAUUGAGAAUUGCAAGACAGAUGAAGAGUUAGCCCGCAAAUUGCAUCGGGCAAUCAAUAGCUCCCCGAGAAUCACGAAGAAUUCUUCUAGUCCUGAUGUUAGAGGCCAAAAACAUAAGAAGUUGAAAAGCUCACCUGGUUCUGAGAAAACUAGGGUUUCCAAUUGCGACAUCUCACAAGAGUUGGACCCUACUCCCUCAUGCAAUGGGCAUGCUAAAAUUAGCGAGGCUAGCUCUGAAUGCAGCUUUCGGGAAGUAUACAAGCUCAAAGCUGAUGAGAAGACUAGCAAGUAUGAGAAGAACUAUCAAUCUCGGAUGGAUAAUGGAGAAGCAGAGACAAGUCGAAAGGAGAAAACAUGUGACGAUAUUAGCGUCACUGUCAAAAAGAGGGGAAGAGUAAAGCUUAAAAAAUUGCCUUUGAGUAUUUGUUCUUUCAGGGAUCAGGCAACUCUCAAGGAAGAGAUGAAUAAUGGAAGUUCCCCAAUAUUGACUGUGCAAAAAACGGGGUCUCCCACAUCUGAAAAUGUUAUUUUGCAUUCUGUAGGUAGCCCUACCGAAGGUGUGAUGCCAAUAGAUUCUACAUCAGUAUGGAAAUGCCAGGAGUUCAAUGCUCCCCUUUCUGUCAAACAGAAUAAAGUUAUGCAGUCAUGACCGGAUAUGACAUAUGGUAAAAGGUUGCUGCCAAUAGAAGUUGAUAGUUGAGGUAGGAUUCGUGCAGCUUUUCUUAUAGAAACGGCUUUACUCCAUCUGUCUUCCUCUUGAUCCUGCAUAUUUUGUUUCAUAAUGAACUGGGACAGAUCAAUUGUAAAUUUCAUAUUAUGUGUUUGAAUAUUCUCCAGAGUUCAAAGAUAUCCUUUAUGACACACAGCUUGAAGUCAAAAUAAGAGGGAUACAAUAAACCGAAUACUUGAAUACUCCUUGUUUUUUGGGAGGCAUUUUUGUCUUGAUUUCUCCAUAUAUGCGGAAUAUACUAAAAAGUAAUCCCCAUGUAUCUGUAGGUAAGAUCUGUAGAUGGUCGUUUUGAUGGUCCUGCUACAGUUGUAUCAAUAUAUUGCUUAAUGACGUUCUCCUCAUUUAUAGGAGUUGUGGAUUGAAAGAAAUUGAAGAAAUUUUCAAACUA